AUGGACGAAGCAAGAGAAUUUGGAAUCAGUCAUAUCAUUCAGGAAUAUGUACUAACAGGAGUGUACACUGUGAAAAAACUGUUGCUCAUGGUUUCACAUGAAGGGUUCAAAAUCCAGGAAAAUCUGACGGAAAACGAAUUAAUCGGAGCACUCACGCAACGCCUGGAGCGUGAACUUCAGCGUCGCCAUCGGUUGCUUCAUAUUCACACGCUUGGCCAUGUUGUCGACCUUCUGAAACACUCUAAAAACAUCAUGGUCCUAACGGGUGCAGGCGUUUCAGUAUCUUGUGGCAUCCCGGAUUUUAGGUCGUCCGACGGAAUCUACUCCCGCCUUUCAGAAUUCGAACUGGAUGACCCCACGCAGAUGUUUGAACUGGACUUCUUCCAGGAGAAGCCCCAGGUAUUUUAUUCCUUCGCGAGAGAAAUCUUUCCCAGCAAUUUUACGCCAAGCCCAUCACAUAAUUUUAUUAAACUUCUCGAGGACCAAGGAAAGCUGUUGAGGAACUAUACGCAGAAUAUCGAUACACUGGAGCAAAAGGCUGGCAUCUGCCGCAUUUUACAAUGCCAUGGAUCUUUUGCGACUGCCAGCUGUCUGCGUUGCAAGCACCAGGUCCCAGGUGACGAUAUCAAGGACGUGAUUCUUAAGCAAGAGGUUGCAUAUUGCAAAGUGUGCCAGACCGCGACUUCACCGUUGAACAUAGGAAAGAAGGCUAUCGACGGCGGAUCCAGGACGAAUGGUGCUGAUGAUACCAGACCGGCAGUAAUGAAGCCAGAUAUCGUAUUCUUCGGCGAGCGGUUACCAACCGUAUUUGAUGACAACUGGGACGAAGAUCGCGACAAGGUUGACCUGCUGAUUGUUAUAGGAAGCAGCUUGAAGGUUGCCCCGGUGAGCGAUAUUAUGCACCAACUUCCUAAGCAUAUUCCUCAGAUUCUGAUCAACCGAACGCCGAUCACGCACAUGGAAUUCGAUGUGCAGCUUUUAGGAAACUGUGACACAAUCGUUGCUGAGCUUUGCAGAAUGGCGGGGUGGGAGCUGAGACAUGAAAAGCUCCCAGGAGGGACCUCGAAUGUACCAGGCAUGGACAUCAAUACGAAUGCAGAUGGUUCAGGGAAAGGGGGGUGUGCCCAGUGGUCCGUGAUUGAGCCCAACACCUAUACGUUCGAGGGUGCCAUUCUCGGUGAUAUCGAAUACGAAUCGAGUCAGAGUUUCAGCAAGGAACGCGCGCGGUUCGGAAGUAGUGAGGCUGAGGGCUAUGAUGCCGAUACCGACGAUGACGAUGAGCAUCACAGGAGACUGACGGGUGAGCGCCGCGGAUCGCUGGGGAUUAUGAUACUGGAUACGGAUAGCGAGAGUGACAGCAGCCAGGAUACCAUACGAGGCCAAGGAUCCAGUCUCCCCAGCUCCUUGAAUGACAAAGUCGCUGAUGACUCUGUCGACUCUACGCUUUGAACGCGCUAUGAACUGUACAUAUAUUUAUUCUGGUGGGUCGCUCCAUAUUUUCACGAUGUCCAUAUCGUUUAAUAAACUUUUAUUCAUUUGGGGGA